AUGAGCAGCAAUAUGCGAAGAAUGGACGACACAGAAAAUGUUAAGUUUCUGCAACUUUCAUCAAGAAGUAAUAUAGUGGAUUCGGAGAAGGAAACAAACUUUACAUCUGUCAAUACUGAUCAACAAAAGGAAGAUACACUAGAAAUUGAAACUGCUGUCAAACAUUCAACACUUAUUUACGGGAUUAGCGAUAACCCGCCAUUAGGUCUAACGGUAGUGCUGGCUUUCCAGCAAACUAUUUCCUCUGUUCCAAAAUGUCUGUUCGUCGUCGCCCUCUUGGCAGAGGUUGUAUGUGCUACAAACACGGAGAACUUCAAAAUACAAAUGUUUUCGUCAACGAUCCUUCUGUCUGGACUGUGCACGUUUGUUCAGAGUACAUUUGGUAUAAGAUUGCCACUGUAUCAGGGACCAAUCACAUACUACAUACUACCAUUGAUUGCGCUUUCUUCAUUGCCGGAGUGGAAAUGUCCAGAUUCCUUUAUCGGGAUUGCUAAAGAUUCCUCUCCGUUUAACACGACGAUCCACACGAAUAUAUCGGAUGAUGACUUCAUGGAGAAACAACAUUUAUUUGAACAGACGUAUGUGUUCCCCAAACUGAAAGUGGUAGGGAUCAAUUAUAUCAACACAUCAAUUUCGUUUUAA